AUGAAGAGUCUGACUUGCUUGAACAAACGUGCAGAGGGUAUUGAAGAUUUUCAACGGGCUCAAACACAGCUUAAUGUUCAGCCAAGACAGCAACUGAAUGGAGAGGUAUGGAAACCACCACCAUCAGAGGUGUACAAAAUCAAUUUUGAUGCUGCAUUAUUUUCGGACUUAGGCAGAACUGGGUUUGGAGCAAUUGUUCGAAAUGAAAAGGGGGAGGUAAUGGCUACUAUGACUGCUUGUGGAUCAGCUGUGCACACCAGUGAUGAAGCAAAGUUGCUUGCUUGUUGGAGAGCUUUAGAAUUUGCUGUGGAUGCUGGCUUUUCCAGGCUGAUUAUUGAGGGAGAUAACAACAAUGUUAUUCAUGCUAUCUCUUCUUCCGAGGAAAACACUUCAUUAUUCGGCAAUGUAGUGGAUGAUAUUCGCCAUUUGAUAAGGGGAUUGCUUUGGUCUGAUGUUUGUUGUAUUAGGAGGGGUGGGAAUAGGGUUGCCUAUGCUUUGGCUCAACAUGCUAGACAUACAUUAGAUGAGGAUUUGUAA